CGACUAGCUUUCACGCUACAUCACGCAAGACACGCAAGCAAUCUAUCGCGGUCUAGCUCCACAGAUUGCUGUGAUAAGGGCUGCUAGUGGUAUGACACGUUCGAUCGAUCGGCGCCGUCCGCGAUGCCUGAACGAGGAUCAGCUCGCGGAAGUCUGCCGGCAUCCUGAGGUGAAGCUUCUGCUCAGAGUGCGCACCCGCUUAGCGAAACGCAUCCGUGCCGAGUACGGCACCAUUUCGAGGACAAAAGGAACGAAAAUUUACAAGGACUGUAAUCAAGCGUAUCGCGCGCAUCAAAGCAAGAAGAAGGCAGUCGCGAAGGUCGUGCUCGCCCAAGUGAAGGCCAGCUGGCGGAAGCGACAGCCGUUGCUCGACAUCGCUAAUCAACUCGAUGGUGGAGCCACCCAAAAAUUGGACCUCGAAGGCGGAGCAGUGGAUCCGUUGGCGGUUUUGUGCGACGAACGUUUCCGUGCCUUUACGCCGCUCUUCACUUUCGCCACGACUGACCCGAGUGAGGAGUGUCAACGCCGUUCCGAAGCCAUCGAGGCCGUCACAGCUCUGAGCAGACACCAGGAGCCCAAGCUGAGAGAACUCUGUCGGACCAGGCAAUGGGGCAAGAAGCACCGUGCUACGCGUACCAACAUGGAAAGCAAAGCUGCCACGGAGCUAUUUCCUGUCGGAUAUCGAGCCACACAAUGUAUCUUCUGCUUGGGGAAUGCUGAGCUUUCAAUUGAGCAGCGGAUGAAAUUCUUUUGAAAUCGAGAUGGGCUCAAACGGCACUUCCAUCGGAAACACCUCCGUCGUUAUCCUGAUGAGCGGUCGAUGACUUGCCCACACCCCAAGUGCGACGCAAUACUGGUCAACAAGACGCAUUUACAAAAUCACGGUGCUGUGGUACACAAAACGUUUACCUAGGUUUUAUGGUCGUCAAUUUUUGGGGGCGCGCUUAGAUGCUGAUUCUUCAUGCGUAGCGCCAAUACCAUUCAAGCUUGUUCGUUACGGUAGAAACAUCUUCUCCUUUUUAGGUACUUGGAGGUACUUAAAAAUACGCUGGCUCUUGGCAGUCAAACUUUACCAUUCUCUCCCAAUGUUGAAUCA